AUGGGUGCAGCGGUGGACCUGGCGCAGCAGCUGAGGGUGGCGCUGCGGAAGGAGGAGCCAAGGGCCGUGGAAGAUCUGCUGCGCCAGGGUGCCAACCCCAACCUGGUGCUCAGGGACGGGGCGGCAGCCAUCCACCUGGCCGCGGGAGCCCGGCACAGGAGAGCUGUGCGAUGCCUGGAAGCUCUGCUGCGUGGAGGUGGGGACCCCAAUGCUAGAUCUGCCGAGGGGCUGACACCGCUGCACGUGGCCGCCGCGUGGGGCUGUCGCCUAGGCCUGGAGCUGCUGCUGAGCCAGGGAGCUGACCCCGGGCUGCGCGACCAGGAUGGACUCCGGCCGCUGGACCUGGCAGAACAGCAGGGGCACCAGGACUGUGUGCGUGUCCUGAGGGAGCUCCGGACGCCGACCAGGACCCCUACCCGGAUCCGGGCAGAGACCCAUGAGCUGGAGCCUGAGCCCAGCGGGACAGGCCUCAAGGGGAGAAGGCUGGACGUCAGCCCCCCUGGACCUCCCAAAGUGAUGCCAGACUCCACAGCACUGGGCAGAAGAGACAGCAAGGAUGUGGACCCGGAGACCGGCCCUGGACCCCCCAGCCUCCUUGCCUACCCUGAGGGUGCUGACAGGAAUGGCAGCUUAGCGUCCCCCCCAGGGUGCUGGGACUGCAGCUCAGAGGCCUCCUUCUUCACAGUAGUUGAGGCCUCUGGAGCCAAGGACCCAGCCCCCCAUACAUCCCUCUGGGCUGAGUCAUCAUCGCCCCAGACCAAACAGCACCUUCUGCCUAGUAUCCGACCACCCCAGAGGGUGCUAAAGUCUCCGAACACCCCGCAGCUGACACGGGGAGCCAUCAUGAUGGUCAAGGAAGCCGAAUUAAAAGCCCGUCUACAGGCCCUGACUCUGACUUUGCCAGAUGCCUCCCCUUCCUGCACAUCCCUCCCAGACGGGGUCCCAGCCCACAGUCCCCCUCGGGAGCCACUAGCUGGACCCCUUGACUUCCACUUCCUAACAGAUGACCAAUCAUCCCUUGACAGUGAAGUGGCCUCCCUCUGGCUCACGGAGGACGAGGAGAGUGCCACAGGUGGCAGGGACACAAUCUCCUCUUACCGGUGCGUGCCAGUCCCGGCCAUGUCUGACCUUCAGCUGCUGCAGAGGCUCCGGGCACUCGGUGAGAGCCCAGGCCCCAUCACACCCUUCACCCGGCCACGCUACCUCCAGCGACUACAAGAAGCUCAGGCCGCUCUUGGCCCAGACUUUUCAGGGCACAGUCCAGAGUUGACCGAGGCCCUGAGGACAGGCCGAAUCCCAGAUGCCCAGGCAGACGAGGAUGCACUUGCCCAGCAAUUUGAGCAGCCAGAUCCGGGCAGAAGGUGGCGGGAGGGGGUAGUGAAGUCCAGUUUCACAUAUCUGCUGCUGGACCCCAGGGAGACUCAGGACCUGCCAGCCCGAGCCUUCUCACUAACGCCAGUUGAACGCCUUCGGACUUUUGUCCAUGCCAUCUUCUAUGUGGGCAAGGGGACACGGACCCGGCCAAACGCCCACCUCUGGGAGGCCCUCAGCUAUCGCGAGCGCCCAGAAAAACAGGCCUGUCCUAAGGUGCGCCAGAUCUUGGAUAUUUGGGCCAGUGGUCAUGGUGUUGUGUCCCUGCAUUGCUUCCAGCAUGUGGUCGCUGUGGAGGCUUACACUCGAGAGGCAUGUCUUGUGGAUGCUCUAGGGAUCCAGGCACUGACCAACCAGAAACAAGGACACUGCUAUGGAGUGGUGGCAAGCUGGCCACCUGCCCGGCGCCGCCGCUUGGGGGUGCAUCUGCUGCACCGUGCCCUCCUUGUCUUCCUGGCUGAGGGCGAACGAGAGUUGCGACCCCAAGAUAUCCAGGCCCGUGGCUGA